AUGCCUGGGCGUCAAUCACACGGACGGUCGCUCCUGGCGGCCCCCAAAACGAAGAAUAUAAAUCGAUCAAAGGCCCGGUCGCAAAAGAGCGUGCUGAAUGCCUUGAACACGGCGGCAGAGCAGUACCCCACCAGAAUAAAAAAGACACCGCGUGUUCGCGAGCUGGACGCCGAGGUUGAGCGAAAGCACGGCCGCGAGGAAGGCGAGGACGACGAGGAUGAGGACGAGGACGACGAGCCCUCGAGGAAAAAGGCGAAGCGGCCGGCGGCACGUGGACAGAAUGCGGAUGCCGAGUAUGGCAGCGACAGCGACGGUAACGAGUGGCAGCUCGGUGGCAUGGGGAAAGACGACGAGGACUCUGAAAUUGAGAGCGACGACGCUUUUGGCGACAGCGAUAAUGAAAAAUUUGAAGAAUACCAGUUUCGCGGCAGCAAGUCCAAGAGAAAGCCUGCUGAUGACGACUCCGACGAUGACUCCAACGACGACGAAGGACAGACCCUUGGCGCCGAGGCGAUUGAUCUGGCGACUGCUCUAGAUCAGUUUGAAGAGGACUCUGACGAGGAAGACGGCAGCCAGGAGGACUCUGACGAUGAGGGCGACGAGGAUGGCUCCGAUGAAGACGACGAGGAUGACGAGAGCGUAGAGGACGCCGACCCUGAAAAGCUCGACGCUCUACAAGGCCUCAUUUCCGGCUUUGGUGGCGAAGAAGACGGUGCCAAGGACAAGCCCUCUUCCAAGCAAAAGAUCAGCUUUGGCGACCUCGGCCUCUCAGAGCUCAACGAUCCGCUCAUGCGAAAGUCGGUCAAACUUAUGAAUAAAGAAGAAAAGGAGAAGCGCCCAGGGGCUGCCAAGAAGCUAGACGUACCACUGUCACGACGAGAACAGGGCCGUCUAGACCGGAGCGCCGCCUACGAGACGACAAACAAGACGCUGGAACGCUGGACGGAGACGGUCAAGCACAACCGCCGCGCGGGGCACCUCGUAUUUCCCCUCCCCGAAAACGCCCCGGGCGCCGGCGUCGACCGCACUUGGCUGCAGCCGCUGUCGACCGCGAAGCCCGCCAACGAGCUCGAGUCGGCCAUCAUGUCCAUCAUGACGGAGAGCGGCCUGAGUCUGGAGCCGCCGCCCAAGCCGAAAACCGUCGAGUACGACGACGAGGGCAACGAGCUAUCCAGGCGCGCGGCCAUCAACCGGCGGCGGCUGGAGCGGGAGCUCGCCUCGCGCGAGACAAAGCGCGCCGCGCGCAUCAAGAAGAUCAAGAGCAAGGCGUACCACCGCGUGCACCGGCGCGAGCGCGAGCGCGGCGAGCUCGCCGCGCGCGAGGCCAUGGACGAGGCCGGCGAGCUCGACUCGGAGGCGGAGCGCGAGGCGCAGGACCGCCGCCGCGCCCUCGAGCGCGUCGGCCAGCGCCACAAGGACAGCAAGUGGGCCAAGCUCGGCAACAGGACCAAGCGCGCCGUCUGGGACGACGAGUUUCGCACCGGUCUGACGGAGAUGGCCCGGCGCGACGAGGAGCUGCGCCGCCGCAAGGAGGGCAAGCGUGGCGGCGCCGACGAGGAUGACGAGGACGCUACGAGUAGCGAGAGCGAUGACGACGAUGGCGAUGGGAAGCUGCGGAGACAGCUGGCAGAGCUGGCGCACGACGACGACGACGAGCCCCAGUCCAAGCUCAUGGCCAUGAAGUUUAUGCAAAAGGCCGAGGCGGCGCGCAAGCAGGAGAAUGAUCAGCUGAUCAAGGAGAUCCAGAAAGGGCUCAACGGCGAGGAGCAGAGUGACGAGUCAGACGACGAAGCCGCGGACGAGGUCGGUCGCCGGUCGUACGGUGACGCCAGCCUCAAGAUGCGGCCCGUUGCCAUUGACCUGUCCAAGAAGAAGAGCAACAAGUCUCGCGCGCCGGCGCAAGAUGGCGACGACGACGACGACGACGUCGUCAUCACCACCACGUCCAACGGCGCCUGGUCCGCUCCCGCGGCCGACACGAGCACCGCCACGACCGGCGCCUGGUCCCGCGGCGAGUCGCGCCGCAAGGCGUCCAAGAGCGCGCGCGCCGAGGACCUCGAUCUGAGCGAGCACAUUGCCGUGGCCGGCGCCCCCCGCAGCACGCCCAAGUCCCAGCCCGCAGCGUCCUCUACCGACACGACCGCCAAGCGCGCCUCAACCACCGCCAACAACAACGACUCGGACUCGGACUCGGACGCCGACCAGCACCUGCCCAUGGCCGUCCGCGACCAGGCGCUCGUCGCGCGCGCCUUUGCCGGGGAGGACGUGGUCGGGGAGUUUGCGCGCGAAAAGGCCGCCGUCGCCGCCGCCGACGACGACCACGUCGUCGACACCACGCUGCCCGGCUGGGGCGCCUGGGUCGGCGCCGGCGUCAGCCAGCGCGAGCUGAAGCGCAACGCGGGGCGUUUUCUCAAGACGGUCACGGGCGUGGUCAAGGCCAAGGACCGCAAGGAUGCCAAGCUGAGCAAGGUGAUGAUUAACGAGAAGCGCGUCAAAAAGAACAACUUGUACAGGGCUACGCAGCUGCCGCAUCCGUUCGAGUCGAAGGAGCAGUAUGAGCGCUCGCUCAGGCUGCCCAUCGGGCCCGAGUGGGUGACCAAGGUGUCGUUCCAGGACAACACCAAGCCGAGGGUGCUGGUGAAGCAGGGCAUCAUUACGCCCAUGUCAAAGCCGACGAGGUAG